CUCUUUAUACAAAAUGGUUGCCUCUCCUAGACCCGGAUCUCCUUUCCACGGCCGUCCUACUAGCUCAUCUUCUACUCAUACUAAGGUUGAAGAAGAACUUCACGAUGUUGCUGGUAUUGAUUAUGACAAGGUUACUAUCAAGCGUAAUCCUUCUGUUGCCGUUUUGUACGAAGAAGCUUUGACUUAUGAACAAGGUACUGUGAUCUCUUCUGCUGGUGCAUUGUGUGCUUACUCUGGUAAGAAGACUGGUCGUUCUCCUAAGGAUAAGCGUAUUGUUGAAGAAGAAACUUCCAACAAGGACAUCUGGUGGGGUCCUGUCAACGCUCCUAUCUCUGAAAAGGUGUUCUCCAUUAACCGUGAACGUGCUAUUGAUUAUCUUAACACUCGUCCUCGUCUCUAUGUCUUUGAUGGUUUCGCUGGUUGGGAUCCCAAGUACCGUAUCAAGGUUCGUGUUGUUGCUAGCCGUGCUUACCACUUGUUGUUUAUGCGUAACAUGUUGAUCCGUCCUACUGAAGAAGAAUUGGAAAACUUUGGUACUCCUGAUUUCACUAUCUUCAAUGCUGGUGAAUUCCCUGCUAACCGUUACACCACUGGUAUGACUUCCACCACUUCCGUCUCUGUCAACUUUAAGCGUGCUGAAAUGGUUAUUCUUGGUACUGAAUAUGCUGGUGAAAUGAAGAAGGGUAUCUUCACUGUGAUGCACUACUUGAUGCCCAAGGCUGGUGUCUUGUCUCUUCACUCUUCUGCUAAUGAAGGUCCCAAUGGUGAUGUAUCUUUGUUCUUUGGUCUUUCUGGUACUGGUAAGACUACCUUGUCUGCUGAUCCUAAGCGUAAAUUGAUCGGUGAUGAUGAACACUGUUGGUCCGAUGAUGGUGUAUUCAACAUUGAAGGUGGUUGUUAUGCCAAGUGUAUUGAUCUCUCUGGUGAAAAGGAACCCGAUAUUUUCAACGCCAUCAAGUUCGGUUCUGUUUUGGAAAAUGUUGUAUUGGACGAAGAAACUCGUGAAGUCGAUUACUCUGAUGAUUUCUUGACCGAAAACACCCGAUGUGCUUACCCCAUCUAUCAUAUCCCCAACGCCAAAUUGCCUUGCAUGGGUGGUCAUCCUCAAAACAUUAUCUUAUUGACUUGUGAUGCCUUUGGUGUUUUGCCUCCUGUUUCUAAAUUGACUCCUGAACAAGCUAUGUAUCACUUUAUCUCUGGUUAUACUACUAAGGUUGCUGGUACUGAAGAUGGUAUCUCUGAACCUACUCCUACCUUCUCUGCCUGUUUCGGUGCUCCCUUCUUGGUUCUCCAUCCUCAACGUUAUGCUUCCAUGUUGGCUGAAAAGAUGUCUCAACAUAAGGCCAAUGCUUGGUUGAUCAACACUGGUUGGGUUGGUGGUAGUGCUUCUUCUGGUGCUAAGCGAUGCCCUCUUAAAUAUACUCGUGCUAUCUUGGAUGCUAUCCAUAGUGGUGAAUUGGCUAAUGCUGAAUAUGCUGAUUAUGGUGUCUUCAACCUCAAGGUCCCUACUAAGGUUACCAACGUCCCUGAUGAACUCUUGGAUCCCCGCAAACUCUACCAAGGUACUGAACAACAAUUCACUGACGCUCUUACCAGCGUUGCCAAGAUGUUCAUUGAAAACUUCAAGACUUAUGAAGAUCAAGCUGCUCCUGAAACUUUGGCUGCUGGUCCCAAGAUCUAA